AUUCAUAUCGCCAUCUACGUCGACUAAAAAAACAAUAUAGGAACUGAAGAGUAAAAUUUGCCUGUUGAAAAGCCAAACAAAAAUGGUUUAAUCUGAGAUUCAAGCUGCUUUUACGCUUGCAAGGUCAAAGGUCGCUGGAUCCCAUUGCCCUUCUACCCUUUGACCCGACCCCAACCGUCCUGUGUAGGACAAGUCCAAACACACGCAGGAACGCACUUCAUCAUCAGCCAUCAUGUCUGGUCGAGGGAUCAAAGGAGCGGAGCGUGUUCCUAUACAGAGCACGGCAGGUGCCAUACCUGUCAAAAAUGACAAAGGUGAAAUUAGUAUGCAGAAGGUGAAAGUCAAGAGAUAUGUGCCUGGUAAAAGACCUGACUUUGCACCCCAGUUCAGCAGUGAUGAGGAUGAGGAGGCUGAAGGGCCGUUUGUCGGCCGACGCAAGCAGCACUACCCAACAUCCAGGCUGGACGCAGAAGACGCCAGGAUCAGGAGGCUUCGCGUCAGGCAUGAGGAUGAUAGCGAUGACGAAGAAGCAGAGAGGAUCGCACGUCACAGGCACAUCCAUGGUCCCGAGAUCCUGGACGAAGGCGACGAUGAUGAGGAAGACCAUGAGGAGGAGGACUACCUCGCCCAUCGCAGCCGAGACUUCGGGAGCAGGGUACGCGAUCGACAUCGGGAGGAGAGCUCCGAAGAAGAAGAAGCCGCUGAGGAAAAGGAGGAUGAGGGGUAUUCAAGGAGUUUCCGCGAGGUCGACCGUCGAGAUCAGGCACCGAGCAAGACCUAUCGGAUGGAGGUUGAGGAGAGCUCGUCUGACGAGGAGGAACUCGAUGAGGAGGAGAUAGAGCGUAGGAGAGCUGCGAUGCGGGCUAGAGCUAGGCAGAGAGUGCAAGAGGAUAUAGAGGUCAUGGGAAUCGAGGACGACAACAAGAAGGAAAAGGUCGAUUCGGAUGAAGAGGAAUCGUCAGAAUACGAGGAGUAUACCGACUCGGAAGAAGAAGAUGGGCCAAGAUUAAAACCAGUCUUUGUCGCCAAGAAAGAUCGCGUCACCAUUCAAGAAAAGGAGAUAGCUGCAAUGAAAGAACAGGAGCUAGAAGAAGAAGCUAAGCUCAAGGCAGAGGCCAGGAAAAGAGAAACAAUAAGAAUGGUAGAGAAUGAUGCGAACAAGGUCCAGGAACCGGAAGAAGAUGUCGGAACAAAUGAGCCUAACCUCCUGACCGUGAACACAGAUGAUGAGAACGAUGAAGUAGAGUACGAGGCGUGGAAAGUUCGGGAACUGCGCAGGAUCAAGCGCGACAGGGACGAACGUGAACAGAUCGAGAAGGAGCGGCAGGAAACGGAGAGGCUGAGGAACAUGACGGAGGAGGAGAGAAGAGAAGAACUGAGACAGAAUCCCAAACAGAUUACCAACAAACAGAACAAGGGACGAUACAAGUUCUUACAGAAGUACUACCAUCGUGGUGCUUUCUAUUUGGAUGAUGAGAAGGAGGUACUGAAGAGAGACGUUUCUGGAGCCACGCUUGAAGAUCACUUUGAUAAGACAGUCUUGCCUAAAGUCAUGCAGGUCAAGAACUUUGGACGUUCCGGUCGGACCAAGUACACUCAUCUCGUUGACCAGGACACCACGACCAUGGAAUCACCUUGGGCCAACGAGACAGCCCUCUCCAGGAAGUUUCAGUCCUCCGGCGCCGGGGGCUUGAAGCAGAGCUUUGAGAAGCCCUCAGGAAGAAAGUCACGGAAGGGCGACGCCCAAUGAGAUGAUCAUAGCUAGGUUAGAGACAAAGUUGUGACAGACAAUGCUAACAUAGGACAAUUCCUCAUGUCGGAAGCUUUUCAAGAAAGUUUCAGGUGUCUAUUACUGGCUCCAGGAAGAAGAGCUAUGAGACAUCCAGAGCAAGAAAGGGCGCAACGCAGUGAAACGAUGCAUAGCUAGUUGAGAGACGAAGUUGUGACGGACAAUACUUGCAUAGGUCAAUUCAGAAAAAAAUUCAUAGAGCUUUUCAAAGAAGUUUCAGGUAUACUUCACUAGAGCCAGGAAGCAGAGCUUUGAGAAACCAGCAUCAAGAAAGUCCUGGAAGGGCGCAACGCGAUGAGACGGUGCAUAACUAGUUGACAGACAACAGUCAAUGGUUAUAUCUAUAGGUCAAUCCAUGUACUGUAAUAUCAGAAAGCUUUUCAAGGAAGUGUCGGGUUUCCUUUGCUGUGCUACGCAACGAGACGAUGCACAGCUAGUUGAGAGUGAUAGUUUGACAAGCAAGCGCAUGAAUUUAUGUCUUGAAAAACAAGACAAUUUGGAAAAGCUUCAGAAUGAAGUUCUCUGCAUCUGUUACAGGCAGCAUGGCACAGAGCUUCGAGGAACCUACAGUGAGAAAUUCAAGAAAGGUGCAGUGACUUGAAAUGGUGCACCAUGUGUAAAGUGUAAGUGACUCAAAGGAUGCUCAAAGGACACGCUGGGUUUUGACUUAUUCGCCCCUGGAACUCUCAAAAUGGUCUCUGCAGACUUUUUUGUUUGUUGGUCCUGUAGGAAUGGACUCCACAAUGUGAUCACACCCAAGGCAUAUCAGAGCCCUGUUUCAUAAAAACAUGUUAUCAAUAACAAGUGCUAAAUGGCAAAUCUACUAUCAGCCGAUCCAAUGCCACGAUUUCAAUAGCUUACAACAGUUAUUGUAACUUUUAAUUGAUAAGGAGUUUUAUGAGACAGGGCCCAGAUGGGCUUCUGUCAUUAAAACACACGUUUUCCAUUCACAUGCAUAACCUUAGUCUGCAUACUCAAACCCUUUUCUUUUUUUGACACUUACUAUAAUUUACAACACUUUCAAUAACUGUUAAUUUUUGGGGGAGAAGCUCUUACUUUAUACAAACUGCAAAUGUUCAUCAUUGUGAUUUUGUACCAUGUUAUAAUUUAAUUUUUGUGAAUUUAGACGAUUCAUGAACAAAAAUUGAAAAUAAUGUGUCGUUAAAUACUAUCAACAAAACCCAUCUUGGUUUCCGCCUAUCCUAGCUUACACAGCAGGACAUGGGCUAUAUGAGGCACUUUUAUUUGUUUGCUAGAAGUUUGUCAAGAAGCAUAGGGCCUACGUAGGUAUUAGUCUACAUCCAACAUAUUUCAGACUCUGUUUUGUUGGUGUAAAGUUCAGGGUCUCAUAACACAAAACUUGGCAGUUGAUCGUACAAUCACGUAGCCGCCAACCAUUCAUAAUAUGGAGGAACGGUUCACAAUUUUUCAGCCUUAAAGUUUUUUUAUCCUUUGGUUCCUCUACUUUUCUAUAUAAAAACAAACAUCUGUGUGACAUGCAUACAAAGUACACUAUCUUCCUAAUGAUGUCUUUAGAAAUUCCUAAUGUAAGCUUUGAAAGAUUGCCCUGUAUGCAAUGACGCAAUCAUUUGAUCACUAUAAUGAUGAACUUAUUUGCAAAAUAAAAAUCAAUAUAUUAUUUUUGUAAUGUAAUCACAUGUAAUGCACAAAUCUUUGUCAAGUGCCUCGUUACAAAUUAUUCACCUGUUACGAAUAAUUGUAUCUCAAUGGUCGGAAUGCAUAUUAAACUACAGUAUUUGUUACUAGGUAGGACAAACAUCACAUAAUAUACAAAUAAUACACAUCAGUGAGGGCAUUAGUAUGAAUUACCCACACGAGGUACCUUUGCAACAGUCUAACACGCGCGAGGCGAUAGGGCUGUUUUGAAGGUACCAAGUGUGGGUAAUUUUACUAAUGCCCAAACAAAAUGAUAUGUAUUAUUUGUUUUAUAAGAUUUUAUUUUUAAAUGAUGUUUUCUAACAUGAUUUUGAUAAUGACCGGUCAUUACCCAAAUUGCGCGCGUUUGCGCGCUAGGCAAAAUAAAUGCCUGGUCACGUGUACGCUUUCAACCAAUCAUUUGAUUAGGAUCCACGUCAUCAUCUUAUA